AUGCAGGAGGGGCUGCUUUCGGAAAAUCGCUAUUUAAACCGCAAUUCAAUUACAUUUAUAGAACGGCAAAAAGGUCCAAUAUUAACUAUCGCCAUUCUAGCCUCGGAAGAAAGUCAAGAUGAAAAGAAAUGCAUCAAAUACAUUGAAUUUCGUAAUGUAGGGCCUUCAAUUAUAUCCUACUCCUGGCAGAAACUUCCAGAUAGGAAUCCGUUUGAGCUUAAUAGACCUUCAAAGCAGCGAUUCUACUUCGACCAUCGGCCAGGAGCUGUUCUACCAGAUAAGACGAUUCGGCUUCCUAUUACCUUUCAGACGGAUGAGGAAGGAAUAUUCCUGGAGUCUUGGUCCUUCAAUACAGUGCCAAAAUUGCUUCCAGAGCCCUGGCUCAUUCGAGCCACCCUUCGCGGUUUGACUAUGUGGCACAGUAAUCAUCCUUCCAAGACUUGGCUCAAGAAUCCACCUUCUCAUCAGAUCGAGAGCGACGCCACAAUCGCUUGGAUGAGAAGAUUGCUUUGCGAUCUAGUCUCAAACAUACAGUCACCUAUUCGCCUAGUACCGAAGGAAGACAAUUUGCCGGUAGAACUUGUCGCUUUUCAUAGACUCAACCCAAACAUGCACUAUCACUCAAACGUUUUGGAGGAAUUGAAUGUGUCAUAUACUUCACUCUUUACCAACACCAAAGCCAAGACAGCAGGUUCGGCGUUGUUUGAGAAUCAGGAGGAGACUGAAUGCUCCGAGAAUAUUCCGAAGUGGGACUGCUCCCUCAGCUCGAUACGGAAGUUGCUGAUCUCAUCUGGACUUUCCAUCUCAAUCUCCCUCAUGAUCUCGGAGAUACAUUUAUAUCCUUCCUGGUUGAUUGAUUCCACUCGGUUCAAGUCACUAUAUUCUUUUUACUCAAAGCGCUAUUUCUCAUGGUCCGCCAAGAACUUUCGGUAG